UUAAUUCAAUUUAUAUCUCAUGACACACUAUCUGUAUGUAAUAUGGCUUUUAUUUUUUGUGGCUCCAGACAAAUUUGUUGUUGUAUUUUUGGUCCAAUUUGGCUCUUUUAACAUUUUGGGUUGCUGACCUCUGGUUCAACCUUUCUGCCUCCAUAUUUUCUGUAUUUAAAAAAUGUUCCUUGGCUCAAAAAAGGUAAAAACAUUGAGUUAGAGAAGCUUGGUUGAGUCUCCUCGUCUCUCCUCCAGCACUUGCCUGCUCCGAGGAGAGAAAGGGGGAUGGAGGAGUGGUGAUGGAGCGCCAAGGGGGCAGGACUUGUCCUCUCCUGCUCCUAUUAAGAGCAAACUUUCUCAUUGACUUCUGCAAGUUCAGCCCGGACUGCGCACGAUUUUGCUGCUUUGUUUUUCUUGCUGCUCUCCGCUGUUUUUGUUCGGAAAGAAAAAAAGAGCAGGAUGCGCUUUUGGAACUGGUCUCGCCCAGGCUGGAUUCGGUGAUCCGGGCGUGUGGAUGCUGGACCGCGUGGAAUGAACAAUGUUGCCGCUCCUUGGUGCUCCGGCCGCGGGCUUCCUGCUGCGGCUGCUGUGCGUGCUGCUGGACUCGCAGCUCGGCGGCGCGGUGUCGCUUUUCCGGGGCUUCUAUCUUCCACCUGCGAACGGCUCGCUGCGCACACCUGCCCGGAGGACGGACGGGGUCGUGCGGACUAUUGAUCGGAUCUACAACGGGGGCGGCCGGGCGGGGUAUUUGCUCUACCUGGACGGGAGUCGCUUCCAGCUGGACAUGGAGCGCGAUGAGUCCUUGAGCCCCCGGGACGUGCUCGCCGUGACGGGGGGCAGCAGCGCGGAGCCCUGGCGGCGGGGGUGCGUGUACCGCGGGACGGUGGACUCGCAAGCCGAGUCCCUGGCCGUCUUCAACCUGUGCGGCGGCGGCCUGGAGGGCUUCUUCGCCGUGCGCGACUUGCGCUACGCGCUCACGCCGAUCGUCCGCGCGCGGGGACGCGAGCACGACUCGCGCGCGCUCCAGGACCGGGACGCCGAGCGCGCGCUGCACGCGUUCACGCGCGAGAGCUUCGCGUUCGAGGCCGAGCGCGAGGGGCGCGGGAGCUGCGGCACGCGCGACGCGCGCAGGGGGCGCAGGCACGCGGCGCAGAAGCCCCGGGUCAGGGGUCGCGGCGGGACCGGCGUCGACGCGCGGCGCAGGAGGUCCGUCUCCCGCGCCAGACAGGUGGAGCUUCUCCUGGUGGCGGACGAGACCAUGAGCAAGAAGUACGGGAAGGACCUGAACCACUACCUGCUCACCCUGGCCGCCAUCGCGUCCAAGCUGUACGGCCACGCCAGCAUCGAGAACCCCAUCCGGCUGUCGGUGGUGAAAGUGACCACGGUCGGCGAGAAGGACAAAGGGCUGGACGUCACCAAGAACGCGGCGGCGACGCUGAAGAGCUUCUGCAAGUGGCAGAACCAGCAGAACCCGCUGGACGACGACCACCUGCACCACCACGACGCCGCCAUCCUCUUCACUAGGCAGGAUCUCUGCGGCCAUCACUCCUGCGACACCCUGGGAAUGGCGGACGUCGGCACCAUCUGCUCUCCGGAGAGAAGCUGCGCUGUCAUCGAGGACGACGGCCUUCACGCCGCCUUCACCGUCGCCCACGAGAUAGGCCAUUUGCUGGGUUUGUCCCACGACGACUCCAAAUUCUGCGAGGAGCGCUUCGGCGUGAACAGCGACAAGAGGCUCAUGUCCUCCAUCCUCACCUCCAUCGACGCCUCCAAACCCUGGAGCCGCUGCACCUCGGCCACCAUCACCGACUUCUUCGACGACGGCAACGCCGAGUGCCUCCUGGACUCUCCCCGCCAGCCUCUGCCGGGCCCCGAAGAGCUGCCAGGGCAGAGUUAUGACGCCGUGCGCCAGUGCCGCCUGGCCUUCGGUCCGGAGUACACGGUCUGCCCCGGGAUGGACGUGUGCUCUCGGCUCUGGUGCGCCGUGAUCCGCCAGGGACAGAUGGUGUGUCUGACCAAGAAGCUACCGGCGGUGGAGGGGACCCCCUGUGGCAAGGGCCGCAUCUGCCUCCAGGGGAAGUGCGUGGAUAAAACACGCAAAAGGCACUACUCGUCAUCCAACCAUGGCAGCUGGAGCUCCUGGGGUUCCUGGGGCGCCUGCACCAGAACAUGCGGCGGCGGAGUGCAGUUCGCCCAGCGGCUGUGCAACAACCCGCCACCGCGCAACAACGGGCGCUACUGCACGGGGAAGAGAGCCAUCUACCGGUCUUGCAACGUUGCACCGUGUUCACCAUCCAAUAAGAGUUUCCGCCAGGAGCAGUGUGAGGUGCGCAACGGCCCACAGACAGACCCCAAAGGUGUGAAGACCUUUGUGGAAUGGGUGCCCAAAUAUGCAGGAGUUCUCCCUAAAGACGUGUGCAAACUCACCUGCCGGGCAAAAGGAACCGGCUACUAUGUGGUGUUCUCACACCGGGUGAUAGACGGGACCGAGUGCCGUCCUUACAGCAGCUCGGUGUGUGUGAAAGGGAAAUGCGUCCGAACAGGCUGCGACGGCAUCAUAGGCUCCAAGCUUCAGUUUGACAAGUGCGGCAAAUGUGGAGGCGACAGCACCGGGUGCAUACGGGUUGUGGGUAACUUCACCAAGAAAAGCAAGGGCUACACCGACGUGGUGAAGAUCCCCGCAGGCUCCACCCACAUCAAGGUCCGCCAGCACAAAGCCAAAGACCAGAGCCGCUACACCGCCUACCUGGCCCUGCGACGACCCAGUGGGGAUUACCUCCUCAACGGCAAGUUCAUGAUCUCCACCUCCGAGACCAUCAUUCCACUCAACGGCUCUGUGCUCAACUACAGCGGCUGGAGUCAAAAGGAUGAGUGGCUUCACAGCAUGGGCCCCGGAGCCCUCCGGGAAGCCCUGGUGGUCCAGAUCCUUGCGACGGACGCCAAAAAGCCUCUGGACGUCCGCUACAGCUUCUUCGUGCCGCGCAGGACCACACCUCAGCUUGUCCCUAACCUGAAUGUAGCCCGUCUGCAGGGCACCGCCCCCGUCCCGACCAGAACCACCACCGGCGGCGCCGCUACGUCCCCCUCCGCCCAGACUCCGGCCGCCGCUAGCUCCACCUCCCCGCCGGGGCCGCAGUGGGCGACGGGAGGCUGGAUGAGCUGCUCCAGGACUUGUGACACGGGCUGGCAGAGCAGGACGGUGCAGUGCCGGGACCAGGGCGGGAAACUGUCCAAGGGCUGCCUGCUGAGUUCCCGCCCCUCGGCCUUCAAACACUGUCUUGUGAAGAAAUGCUGAAAAGGGCAGGACGGGGCCGGGAGGACCAUGGACCGAUGAACUUGGGACAUUCUGUAGACCGGGACUGAGAAUGUUGUGGAGCAAGUCUCACUGAGAGCUGGCAGAACCCAAGCUAACCCAGAGACCAUUUGGACUUUGCUUCCAAACGUCUCGUCGUCCGGCCUCCAGCCGACUCCCGAGACACGACGACCAACAGUGGGCGGGGCGACCCGGUCAUGCUGUGUUGUAAACGGUGCUUUUCAGUGCGUCCGAGCAGCACAACAACCCGGUCGGUUUAGUCGGGGAAACAACCUUAGCGAGACGGAGAGGAAUUCUCUCUGCAUCAACUCAGGAAGAACGUUCUUCCUUACGACACAAACUUCACUUUCCUAUUUCUCUGCCCAGAGUCCAGGGGGGGAAAUAACCCAAAUUGACUGCUGGAGGGGUAAAGUAACCACAGACCUCCUUAAAGGCCUACUGAAAUGAGAUGUUCUUAUUCAAACGGGGAUAGCAGCUCCAUUCUAUGUGUCAUACUUGAUCAUUUUGCGAUAUUGCCAUAUUUUUACUGAAAGGAUUUAGUAGAGAACAUCCACGAUAAAGUUUGCAACUUUUGGUCGCUAAUAAAAAAGCCUUGCCUGUACCGGAAGUAGCAGACGAUGUGCGCGUGAUGUCACGGGUUGUGGAGCUCCUCACAUCUGAACAUUGUUUACAAUCAUGGCCACCAGCAGCGAGAGCGAUUCGGACCGAGAAAGCGACGAUUUCCCCAUUAAUUUGAGCGAGGAUGAAAGAUUCGUGGAUGAGGAAAGUGAGAGUGAAGGACUAGAAAAACAAAAAAGGACAAUAGAGUGGGAGCGAUUCAGAUGUUAUUAGACACAUUUACUAGGAUAACUCUGUGUGGCGCAGUGGGAGAGUGGCCGUGCGCAACCCGAGGGUCACUGGUUCAAAUCCCACCUAGAACCAACCUCGUCACGUCCGUUGUGUCCUGAGCAAGACACUUCACCCUUGCUCCUGAUGGGUGCUGGUUGGCGCCUUGCAUGGCAGCUCCCUCCAUCAGUGUGUGAAUGUGUGUGUAAAUGUGGAAGUAGUGUCAAAGCGCUUUGAGUACCUUGAAGGUAGAAAAGCGGUAUACAAGUACAACCCAUUUAUCAUUUAUCAUUUAUUUAACUCUGGAAAAUCCCUUAUCUACUUAUUGUGUUACUAGUAUUUUAGUGAGAUUAUAUGGUCGUAGGCUUCACGGUGUCAGAGGGGUUAGUGCGUCUGCCUCACAAUACGAAGUUCCUGCAGUCCUGGGUUCAAAUCCAGGCUCGGGAUCGUUCUGUAUGGAGUUUGCAUGUUCUCCCCGUGAAUGCGUGGGUUCCCCUCCGGGUACUCCGGCUUCCUCCCACUUCCAAAAAACAUGCACCUGGGGAUAGGUUGAUUGGCACCACUAAAUUGGGGGGGUUUAGCUCGAUUGGUAAAGUGGCCGUGCCAGCAACUUGAGGGUUGCAGGUUCGAUUCCCACUUCUGCCAACCUAGUCACUGCCGUUGUGUCCUUGGGCAAGACACUUUACCCACCUGCUCCCAGUGCCACCCACACUGGUUUAAAUGUAACUUAGAUAUUGGGUUUCACUAUGUAAAGCGCUUUGAGUCACUAGAGAAAAAGCGCUAUAUAAAUAUAAUUCACUUCACUUCAUAGUGUGUGAAUGUGAAUGUUGUCUGUCUAUCUGUGUUGGCCCUGUGAUGAGGUGGCGACUUGUCCAGGGUGUACCCCGCCUUCCGCCCGAUUGUAGCUGAGAUAGGCACCAGCGCCCCCCGCGACCCCAAAGGGAAUAAGCGGUAGAAAAUGGAUGGAUGGAUAUAUGGUGGUACCUGUACAACCUGGAGGUCGACGGGUGGUGGCGAUGCCCAUCUCUGCCCUUCGCAAGGGACCCUCUUCGAAACACGAUCUUUGGAAAUGAUCGCUGCAUAAAACACUGUACUUUGUGUGUGUGGUCCAAUCCAACCGUGUUCGCUUGACCGCUCUGUUCCAUAGUAAAGCUUCACCGCCAUCUUUCGGGAAUGUAAACAAUGAAACACCGGCUGUGUUUGUGUUGCUAAAGGCGGCCGCAAUACACCGCUUCCCACUUACAGCUUUCUUCUUUGACGUCUCCAUUAUUCUUUGAACAAAUUGCAACACAGAUUUCCAGAAUACUGUAGAAUUACGCGAUGAAAACAGACGACUUAUAGCUGGGAACGAUGCUGGAACAAGAUGUCCUCUACACUGCGUGACGUCACGCGUCAUCAUACCGAGACGUUUUAGCAUGAUACUUCCGAGCGAAAUUUAAAAUUGCAAUUUAGUAAACUAAAGCGGCCGUAUUGGCAUGUGUUGCAAUGUUAAUAUUUCAUCAUUGAUAUAUAAACUAUCAGACUGCGUGGUCGCUAGUAGUGGCUUUCAGUAGGCCUUUAACCUUCAUGGAGACAAAUCACACCUUUGGUGCAGUGCUUCAUUUUUGAAGUGUGUGUGUGUGCAAUGCAAAGACAUUCCACUGGCAUAUAAAUAAUUGGUAUGCACGCCCUAGCAUUCCAAAAUACCGAUUUACAGCAUACAUCUUUAGACCAUGAACGAUAUCGAUGUGUGUUAUCGUCCAGGCAUCAUCACAGAGCUCGGUGCACGUCUGCACACCUCACUGACACACACCAGUAAGAAAAAGUCUACGAGGGUUCAUUUGUGUCCUUAUUACAAAAGUUUUUUUUUGGACAUCGAAUUUAUAUACCUGGAUUUUUAGCAAUCGCUACGAGCAUUUUUUCUCUCUCCCAAUUCAAUCGAAUUUCUGAAGCCCCGAGCAUGCAUGAAAACGCACCAAUUUUUGAAAAAUGUUUUAAAGUUAGUGACAGCACGGUGGUACAGGGGUUAGUGCAUCUGCCGCACAAUACGAAUGUCCUGAGUUGUCCUGGGUUCAAUCCCGGGCUCGGGAUCUUUCUGUGUGGAGUUUGCAUGUUCUCCCCGUGAAUGCGUGGGUUCCCUCCGGGUACUCCAACUUCCUCCCACCUCCAGAAACAUGCACCUGGGGAUAGGCCCCUCCCACCUCCAAAGGCAUGCACCUGGGGAUAGGCCCCUCCCACCUCCAAAGGCAUGCACCUGGGGAUAGGCCCCUCCCACCUCCAAAGGCAUGCACCUGGGGAUAGGCCCCUCCCACCUCCAAAGACAUGCACCUGGGGAUAGGUUGAUUGGCAACACUAAAUGCUCCCUAAUGUGUGAAUGUUGUCUGUCUAUCUGUGUUGGCCCUGUGAUGAGGUGGCGACUUGUCCAGGGUGUACAUCGCCUUUUGCCCGAAUGCAGCUGAGAUAGGCUCCAGCGACCCCGAACGGGACAAACGGUAGAAAAUGGAUGGGUUUUAAAGUUAAAGUACCAAUGAUUGUCACACACAAACUCUAGGUGUGGUGAAAUUUGUCCUCUGCAUUUGACCCAUCCCCUUGAUCGCCCCCUGGGAGGUGAGGGGAGCAGUGAGCAGCAGCAGUGGCCACGCUCGGGAAUCGUUUUGGUGAUUUAACCCCCAAUUCCAAGCCUUGAUGCUGAGUGCCAAGCAGGGAGGUAAAGGCUCCCAUUUUUAUAGUCUUUGGUAACUUCCAUUCAUCCAUCCAUUUUCUACCGCUUAUUCCCUUUUGGGAUCGCAGGGGGCGCUGGUGCCUAUCUCAACUACAAUCCGGCGGAAGGCGGGUACACCCUGGACAAGUCGCCGCCUCAAUGAAGGACCAACUCAUAAUAACUUUUUUUUCGUAAUUCUGACUUUUUAUUUUGUGACUUUCUCUCAUAAUUCUAACUUUUAUUUCAGAAUAUCAAUUUGUAUCUCAUAAUUCUGACUUAUCUCAUGGUCAUGACUUUUUUAUCACAUGAUUUGGACUUUUUCCCCAUAAUUUCAACUUUUUAUCUCUAUAUUCUAACUUUUUAUCCGAUAAUUUAACUUUUUUAUCUCAUAACGUUUUCUUUCAUAAUUCUGACUUUAUUAUCUUGUGACGUUUUCUCAUAAUUCUAACUUUUUAUCUCAUAAUUCUGACUUAUCUCAUAGUGAUGACUUUUUUAUCACAUGAUUUGGACUUUUUCCUCAUAAUUUUUCCUCAUAAUUUCAACCUUUUAUUUCUGUGUUCUAAGUCUUUAUCCGAUAAUUUAACUUUUUAUCUCAUAAUAACUUUUUUUUUCAGAAUUCUGACUCUUUAGCUCAUGAUGACUUUUUCCCCGCGACCCCAAAAAGGGAAUAAGCGGUAGAAAAUGGAUGGAUGGACUUUUUCUCACCAUUUUAACCUUUUAUCUCAUAAUAUCAAUUUUUAUCUCAUAAUUCUGACUUGUCUCAUGGUCAUGACUUUUUUAUCACAUGAUUUGGACUUUUUCCCCAUAAUUUCAACUUUUUAUCUCUAUAUUCUAACUUUUUAUCCGAUAAUUUAACUUUUUUAUCUCAUAACUUUUUCUUUCAUAAUUCUGACUUUUUAUCUUGUGACGUUUUCUCAUAAAUCUAACUUUUUAUCUCAUAAUUCUGACUUAUCUCAUAGUCAUGACUUUUUUAUCACAUGAUUUGGACUUUUUCCUCAUAAUUUCAACCUUUUAUUUCUGUGUUCUAAGUCUUUAUCCGAUAAUUUAACUUUUUAUCUCAUAAUAACUUUUUUUUUCAUAAUUCUGACUCUUUAGCUCAUGAUGACUUUUUCCCCGCGACCCCAAAAAGGGAAUAAGCGGUAGAAAAUGGAUGGAUGGACUUUUUCUCACCAUUUUAACCUUUUAUCUCAUCAUUUUUACUUUUUAUCUUAUAAUUCUGACUUUCCCAUCUGAUAUCUUUUCCUCCGAAUUUUUUAUUUUUAUUAUAUAAUUUUUCCUUUUCAUCUCAUAGUUAUUUUUUUUUUAAUGAAAAUAAUUAGCAUAAUUAAAAGUUAAAAAAAUUCAGUGUCCAAAAACAUACUUUUGCUGUGCAUCCACAGACUGACCUCCAUAAAACGGCCUCUGGCCGAGCAGCAAGAACAGCACUGAGCUUGUAAUUUAUUGUUUGUACAACUGGUGUGAGGUGAGCUUUAUUUAUUGUAGUAAUUUUGUACCAAAUGACUAUUGAACUUAGGACUGUGCAGAAUCCGCAGUGUAAGAAUAUAGUGUUUGUUUGCUAGUCAUGAAACGAUGUACAUAAAAUAUCUAUAUUUAAAGAA